UCGGUACAUCUGAAGCGCCCAAUCCAACGCCUGUAAACCCGAGUGCGAGCGCGAGCAUCAGCACGAGCAUCGACGCGACGUCCUCGAAGAAAACAUACCUUGCCCUCCUUCCACCGGCGCAGAUCAUCGAAAUAUGUCUGCUGUUCGAGCCUCAUGUACCAUUACACGUCAAGAAAACCAUCUGGCCGGCUGAUCUUGAAGCGGCCAUUCUUGAGCUGAAGAAGACCGCCCAACCUCAGCCUCCUCCACCAACUUCACCUGCACCUCAGCCUGAUGCGGCUACUGCAAAUCCUCCCCCAUUACCCUUGAACGGAAAUGCUUCGCCUUCGAAUGCAGGUACGCCCUCACACCAGGUCCAUCCGCCAGGUCCUCCUGCUCCGCCGGCGGUGGACCCAGAUCCGCCUAUGGGCUCCUUGAGGGAUCCUGCCGAAGAAGCGAGGGAAAAAGAGAAGGCAAGUAAUUCCGACUCUGGUGCGACAAUCACCGCCGCGCCCUCUCCUGCACCCCAGCCCAACGGAGGGGAGACAUCCGCCGCCAAUGCGCCGUCUCAGCCACAGGCUGGUCCCUCUCAGCCAUCCCCCGCCCCUGCUUCGCACGCGUCAACGCCCCAGCCCCAGGCUCAGCACGCAAGCCUCCACCCUCCCAACCCGUACCCUUACACCCACUACAGCUACGCCGUCCCGCAGCCGCAAAAUCCGCAGACCGCCUACCCUCAUGCCCCAUAUUACGCCCCUCCCGCUGCAUACCCCGCACACUACCAAUAUUCACCUUAUGGCCCGCCCCCAGGCUAUCCUGCGCCUGUGCCUGCGCAUUCGCCACCCCCGCCGCAUGCCCACGGACAGCAUCCAUUAUUCAACUCCACUCCCCUCGUUCGUCCUCCAAUACCUCCCGCACAACCCCCGCCCCCUCCACCAGCAGAAGACCUGCCUUCUUACGAAGAGAUGAUCGUCGAGGCGCUUUUGGACUGUGGGGAUGCGGAAGGUGCCGCUCCGAAAGAUCUUUUCACGUGGAUGGCUGCUCGGUACCCGCUACAGACAAAUUUCCGGCCGAGUGCAUCCCAGGCACUGCAGAAGGCGUACAAAAGAGGCCGCCUGGAGAAGCGUGCGGGCGGGAAGUAUCGCCUGAACCCUACGUGGGAAGGCGGCGCGACAUCGAAGCGGACGACACGACGGCCGCAGACACUCGCACAGACAACGUACGCGGCGCAUCAUGCCCCCACACAACCAUCCUCGCCGUUCACGCACGCCCCGCUCCAGGCACAUCCACAUCCGCCCACCCCAGGCGGCGCUCAGCCACCGUACAACGGCUACCCAUAUUCGUACCCUUACGGACACUACCCCGGGUAUCCUCACCCCGCCGCCGGCCAAUCCGCGCAAGCAAAGGCUGCCAGCCAACCCCCACCUGCAGCCCCAACCACCGCUGCCACCGCAAGCAGCACUGCCAAGACCGCGGAAGAGAAGGACGAGUCGGGCGAGGGCAGCGAUGCCUGGGAGGCCGCGCAGCAUAUACUCCAGGCGAUCAACUUCGGGGGCCUCGAGCUCUCGGCUUCCGUUUCGUCGUCCUCGAACGCAUCCGGCGCCGCGGCGAGCUCAUCCGCGCAGGGCGGCUCCUCUGCGGUCCCGCCAGCGCCCCUCGCUGACGGCGACGCGGAUCUUGCUGCUGUACUCAGCGCGCUCGUGAACGCUGCUGGGGUGGCGGCGCCAGCGGAGCCUCCACGCGCGGUCUUGACGGAGGACGAGCGCGCCGCGCUGCAAGCCCAGCUCGCGCUACUGGCCGCGCAACUUACUGAGAUUGCGGAUGGGGACGAGGACGAGGAACCUGUGGCGUACCCACCACCCGUCAUGCCCUCUAUCCCUAUCCAGGCUCCUCAACCAGCCCAAGCCGCGCAGCCCAUGCCACAACCACAACCGACGGCGGCCUCAGAGCCACCCCGACCUACAUCACCACCUCAGGCUCCCUCUCCGGCACACCCUUCACCUCGGCCCGCAGUCGACCAGCCCC